AUGCCAACAGAAUUAGAAGAGUUGGUGUCAUUUUUGCAUUCACCACAACCUGCUGUUUCUCAGAUAGCGUUAGACAAUUUGGUUGGUUAUUCCACUGGUCCACACCAAAAAGUGUUUAGCUACAACAAUUAUGAAGCCAUCAAGGACUUGAAAAAUAUAAGCAAAUCUAAUGGUAAAACUUUGGUUAACCAAUCCGUAACUAUUUUAGCAAAUUUAUGUGAUGAUUUGGUUAUGAGAAACUUGAUUGUUGAAGAUGAAGAGUAUUUGAAAUAUUUGGCUACACAAAUUAUUAAUAUUAAAAAUAGCAAUGCUGAUUUAAUGUGUAUUUUAUUGACUAAUUUAGCCAAAAAUGAUGCCAUAAACAAAGUAUUAGAUUUUGAAGUGGAAUUAGAUGAUGAACAUAAAAAAGUGUUUUCAUCGAAAAAAGUCAUUGAUUGUUUAAUGGACUGUUUUGUCAAAGGUUAUGAUAGAAAGUUGAAUGAAUAUGCCAAUUACGAUUAUUUAUCUUAUUUCUUUGCUGAUUUGUCUCGUUUCAAACAGGGGAGAACUUAUUUUAUAACUGAACAAACCUACGACGAAGUGGUUCCAUUGUCAAAAGUUUUGGUUUUUACAGAAAAGUAUGACGACAAGAUUAGAAGAGAAGGGGUCGCUUCAACCAUCAAAAAUUCGUUGUUUGAUACCAAUGCCCAUAUGAAAUUAUUGACAGAUCCUAAAAUCAACUUAUUACCAUUUAUAUUAUUGCCAUUAGCUGGACCAGAAGAAAUUGAUGAAGAUGAAAUGUUUGAGUUACCAGAGGAGUUACAAUUGUUACCUAGUGAUAAAAAAAGGGAACCAUUGAGUGGAAUUCUUUGCAUUCAUUUGGAAUCUCUUUUACUUUUAUGUACUACUAGAGCAGGUAGAGAAUAUCUUAGAGAAAAGCAUGUUUACUCAAUUAUUAAAGAGUUGCAUAAAGCUAUAGAGAUAGAACAAGUGACGGAUUUGUGUGACAGAGUGGUGCAGAUGUUGAAGAGAGACGAAGCACCAGAAACUGCCGAAAUUGAAGAAAUAGAAAGUGAUUCAGAUGAUGAUAAAAUCGUUGAAAUUGUAUAA